AUGGACAAAAUCCCCGAAUCCAACGCCACCAAAGGCCAACCCGAAUCAACGACCAACAAACUCCUCGAGACAGGCGCCUCCCUAAUCCAAAACUUCGAACCCCCCAAACGUCUCUGCGCUCAUCUCAACGCCUUCCACGUCUACGCCUCCGACCCAACCCGGCACACCGAAUCCAACCACUACUGCGCGCACCUCAACGACGAAGUCCGCCAAUGCAUCCUCUACGACUCCCCGCACGCCAACGCCCGCCUCAUCGGAAUCGAAUACAUGAUCACGCCGCGGAUCUACGCGACCCUCGACCCCGAGGAACGCGCUCUCUGGCAUUCACACGUCUUCGAAGUCAAAUCCGGCAUGCUCAUCAUGCCGGCGCCCGCGGGCGUCCCGUACGCCGUGUGGGAGGCGGCGGAGAACAAGGAGAUGGAGCAGGUGGUGGAGUUGUAUGGGAAGGUGUAUCAGCUUUGGCAGGUGGAUCGUGGGGAUCAGGUGCCGUUGGGGAAGCCGGAGUUGAUGACGAGUUUUACGAAGAGGGAGCAGUUUGAUUUUGACGGGGUGGUGGGGGAGAGGGAUCGCAGGUUGGGGGUUGAGAGUGCGAGGAAGGCUGAGGUGAGGGAGUAUAUUCGGGAGCCGGAGGUGCAUCCUGAUGCUGAUGCGACGUGGAAGAAGGGGUAG